AUGGCAAACCUCUGGCACUUUGUAGUGGCUCAAUACUAUGCUGCACCGUGGCAAGCUCAAACUAUGGCACACCAAUUCUUCAAUUCCAUGGACAGAGAUGGAAAUGGAAGUGUUGAUUAUAGUGAGUUCAAGAAUUUCUUAGUUUCCGAAGGCUUUGAAUACUACGCAGGCAGGAAUUUGUUUUCCAAGUUAGAUGGAGACAGAAAUCGGGGACUGGAUUUCUGGGAGAUCAUGACACUUUACUAUAUUCUCAAAUGUGGGAGACCCUUCUGUUUCAGAUGCGACAAUUUUUUGUGGGACGCUUAUUGUGUUUACAAUGAAUGUCGCGGAGGCCCCUGCUAUUUCUGCAGCAACUGUUAUCAAUGCCACCUCCAAGAGCACACAUUUUUUGUUCAGCCGACGGGAAGUCCUUUAGUUCAAAGGUCUGAAACGCCUAAUGUAAGUGCAAUGUGUUGUAUAUAUGGUGGUAACUUGGAUUUUUCUGAAGUCGUGUGA